AUGGUCGCCGUUACAACAGACUAUAUCAGCGUAGGAGGGAAUCGCCACCCCGGCGCCGCGGAUUGGGAUGUGCAGACCGGUGUGCUCGCCUUCGGCGCAGACAACAAUGUCGCCCUGUGGGAUCCUCUGGACAAAUCUGAUCGCGGAAUCUACGCAUUGCUGGUUGGUCAUACCGACAAAGUGAGCGUCGUCCGGUUCUACACUUGCCCCGCCUCAGGGUCCAAGUUCAUCAUUACCGGCUCUGUCGACCGCACACUACGCAUAUGGCAAUGCAAAGGCUCCAGCACACACGAAUAUACUCUAGUGUCAACCUUGGAGGGCCACACAGGCUCCGUGAAUGCAAUUGCGAUCACCAAUGGAACCGACAUCAUUGCAUCUGGCGCAGCCGAUGGGACCGUCCGAAUCUGGAGAAUCAACACGCAGGAGGGCAUUGAGGGCAAGCUCCUCGACACCAUUAAUAUGACACCCCGAUUCUUCCCGCUCUCUUUGUCAGUGCAGGCCUUGGGAGACGAGGCCGAUAAGUCUUUGGUGCUGGCCGUUGCAGGCACGAUGACUAAAGUACACAUCUACGUAUCGGAAACCUCUAGCACGCCGGAUUUCAAGCGCCGGGCUGUACUGGCAGGACACGAGGCUUGGGUCAAGUCUCUGUCGUUCACUCUGGAUAAGCAGAGCAGAGAAGGCGAUAUCCUGCUGGCGUCUGCGAGUCAAGAUAAAUACAUUCGUCUUUGGCGCCUGCAUCGUGGUGAAGCCAACCCGCCUGCUCCCAUUGAUGAUACAGAUCCGUUGCUUGGAGGAAUGGAGCCCACGCUCUCCAACAAGGCCCAUGAAUUCGAAGCGAAGGGUUCAAAGUUUUCAAUCACCUUUGAAGCUCUCCUUUUUGGACAUGAAGACUGGAUCUAUACUACCGCUUGGAACCCUGACUCCACGCGACAGCAGCUACUCUCAGCCUCUGCUGACAACACGAUCACAAUCUGGGAACAAGAUCAAGCGUCGGGUGUUUGGAUGUCCGCAGAGAGAAUGGGAGAAAUCAGUGUUCAAAAGGGUUCCACCACCGCAACGGGUAGCGCUGGUGGCUUCUGGAUCGGCCUUUGGUCACCUGAUGGAAAGCAGGUUGUCAGUCUUGGUCGGACAGGUAGUUGGAGAGUCUGGCAACAGGAGACCGACUCCGACCUUUGGGCACAGAAAUUCGGCAUCACAGGCCACGUUCGCUCAUCUAACGGCGUUCAAUGGGAUCCUACCGGUGGCUACCUGCUCUCAACUAGUGCCGAUCAGACUACGCGACUCCAUGCUAAGUGGGUGCGCGAUCAAACAAGCUCAUGGCAUGAGUUCUCUCGCCCCCAAAUUCAUGGAUAUGAUUUGAAUUGCGUUGACACUCUGGGGCCUUCGCAAUUUGUGACUGGUGCAGAGGAGAAGCUCUUGCGUGUGUUCAACGAGCCCCAGCCUAUCGCCGAGUUACUCGAGAGACUCACUGGAUUCAAACAAUCGGGCCAGGAUCUUCCUGAAACCGCUGAGAUCCCGGUAUUGGGCCUGUCAAACAAAGCCCUGGGAGAUGAGGCACCAGUCGAGGAGGAUGAAGAGAAGACAUCUGCUGAGAAACCUGCAGCCUCAUUCUCUUUGGCCGCCAACCACCCCCCACUCGAAGACCAGUUGUCCCGCCAUACCUUGUGGCCAGAGCACGAGAAGCUUUACGGCCAUGGAUAUGAAAUCUCGGCCGUGGCGGUUAGUCAUGAUCGCAAGCUCAUUGCCACCGCUUGCAAGGCCAGUUCCAUUGAUCAUGCCGUGAUUCGUCUGUACGAUACUUCGGAUUGGCAUGAGAUAAAACCCUCUCUUACGGCGCACUCAUUGACAAUCACCGACCUUUCAUUCUCGGCUGACGAUCGCUAUCUUCUCAGUGUUGGUCGUGAUCGGCAAUGGGCAAUCUUCCAACGUAGCGACUCAGACCCAACUACGUUUGAUAAUCUCACCUCUAACCCUAAAGGUCACUCUCGAAUGAUUCUAGGCGCCGCCUGGGCGCCAGCCACAACCGAUUACGUUUUUGCCACUGCAGGACGAGACAAAUCGGUCAAAAUAUGGCAACAGUCCGAAGGGACUUUUGUGUGUAAAGCUACCGUGCCUUUGACCUCGGCUGUGUCAGCAAUCGCCUUCUUACCCACCACAUACAAGGGCUCUUUCGUUAUUGCCGUGGGCGAGGACAGUGGUGUGGUCUCGAUCCAGCGUAUCACCGCUGAAACCUUUGAAGUUUCGCACGUCGUUACACUUGACAGGGAGAUUUCACCCUCAAAGACAAUCACACAACUAUCGUGGCGCCCAGUGUUGGCUGAAGCCGAGAGCAAGGACCAGUUCGAGCUGGCAGUGGCAAGUGAAGACACUUCCACGCGCAUAUAUGCUGUUUCUAGCAUGUUCUCUUGA